CGAGGAUAAUGAUCAAGGUUGAGAUUCACGGACAUUUUUUCCUGAAAAAUCGAGAAAUUCUGAUCUAGACAGGAAUCUUUGAGCGACCCACGGUCAAGGAUUGGUGUUCCGAUGCGAGGACUGUGGUCUUUGAGUCGAUCUUCGGUUGACAAGUUUAUGCAUGGUGAAGGUGCCGUUGUGGUUCAAGACAACUGCAAAUAGAACCCGAAGUUUGCGCAGACGUGUAUUAUUGUUGCUCUUCCUUGUUGGAGCUGGAAUUGUUUAUUACGUCUCAAACCAAGAUCAUGAAAACCAAGGCACUCCUCUUAGACAGCGCAUGACGCGUCACGUGUUUACAGUAGAAGAGAUUUUACAGUUCCCGGAUAAUUACCACACUAAAGGUGUGCUAUCACUUCCUUAUGGAGACAUCGUGGAACCUUUUGAGGCCUGGUACUCCAAUUCGAAAAAGAUGAGCAGAAUUGAUUAUUAUAAUGGCAUGGACAGAACAUUUCAGCGCGGAGAUCUGGGUAGGCACGGGUUUGCGUGCAAAAUAGUUCCGGAAUACUCUGAAGUGAAACAUAAAACGUUCACGGGAUGUAUGCACAGGCGAGGGACAAAGAAAUUUCCAAUAAAAGCUCAAAAUAUUAUACCAGCGCCUUCAUAUUUUAAGUACUCCGGUACCGCUGAAUUAAAUGGUGCAGAGUGUGCAAAAUGGGAACACUCGUUCACAAUUUACGACAAGGUCAACACAUAUACAUUAUACACAACUAAAACCCGUCCAUUAAAACCGCUCCGGUACGAGAUGAUGGGAUAUGAUACGCUACUAGCCUCAUACUAUGAUCAUUAUAUCCUCGAUUAUCACGAGUUUGAAGCUUGGAAAUUCAACUAUUCAGUGUUUGAUAUACCAACAGAUCUCCAAUGCUUCGAUUUUUCUCACGAGAAACUGGAGAAGUCGCUUGGUGAGAUCAAUCCUAUAGUGGAAUUCAUGCCUCACAGUACCUCAGGCUCUCCGUAUACACUGUCCCAUCCGUCAAAUUUUGUCACCACUCCCUCUCGCACCAAGACAGAUCCUUUGCAGUAUCUGCUGGACUCCUUGAACAAAAUGCCGACGGUUAAUAGAGAAAUGUUCGAGCCCACAACACCCACCUCAAGCCUCCAGCAGUCUCUCAAGGACGAGGAGCAGACUCGACCAUCACCGGCUCCCAAGAGUACAGGCGCGUUCAAAAAUGUGGACCAGAAGUCUGGUUAUAAAGAUAUCAUGCGACACUAUGAAGACGUAGUUAAUGCUUUAUUUAAAUCUUUCAAGGCGAGAUAUAAGAAGAAUUAUAUCUCAAAGCGGGAGCACGAGUCGAGGAAAGACAUCUACAGACAUAACUUGAGGUUUAUCAAGUCCAGAAACCGCCAAAACCUAGGCUAUAGACUGAAGGCAAAUCAUAUGGCCGACAUGACUGAGGAAGAGAUUAGACAAAAAAAAGGAAUACUGAUGGAAAGCGAACCUGAUGCACUGAAUGGCGGAAAGAGAUUUGAAAUACCGGAGGGUACCAAUGUCAAAACCCUACCUGAUACAGUUGAUUGGGCAAAAUCGGGUGCGGUAAAUCCUGUAAGAAGUCAAGGAAUUUGUGGCUCUUGUUAUGCAUAUUCUGUUACUGGUGCCAUGGAGGGAGCCUACUAUAUUAAGACUGGUACCCUCCUAAACCUGUCUGAACAACAACUUAUAGACUGUUCGUGGGGGUUUGGUAACCGAGGCUGUAAGGGAGGAUAUCCACAUCGAGCGAUGCAGUGGGUCAUCAAACACGGUGGACUGGCUACUGAAGAGAGCUAUGGAAAAUAUUUGGCUCAGGAGGGUUUCUGCCACUUUAAAAAUACGACAACAGGGGCUAAGCUGGAUUUUUACAUGAACAUCACCAAAGGGAAUAAGCACGAGCUGAAGCAGGCCAUCGCCAUUUAUGGUCCUGUCAGUAUCCUUAUCAACACUCAGCCAAAGACUUUUAAAUUCUACGGAUCAGGAAUUUAUUAUGACCCAGACUGCACUCAUGCAUUGGAUCACGCGGCCUUAGCUGUCGGAUAUGGAGUGGAAAAGGGUGAACCUUAUUGGCUGAUUAAGAAUUCUUGGUCAAAAGCUUGGGGAGAUGAGGGAUAUAUCAAGAUAGCCAUGAAAAACGACAAUUGUGGUGUGCUGCAAAAGGCUGUCGUGGUCAAGAUCAGAGAAGAUUAAACUUGAGGAAUAGGUGUUCAGCAUGAGUAAACGUAGCUAA